AUGAAGCCACUUUCACCUCUCGUUCUUCUUUCCCUUCUUCACGAAGCACUUGCUGGGGGCAAUGACAUGGCCUCAGGCUGUGUCUCGACCAGGGUGCUCCCAACUGUCACUACUGGUUGCUCUGAGAACCUCCCAGGUGCGACAAAACAACCUGGUCACUCUGCUCCUUAUGGCUCUGGGUCAUAUAGCCCCGCUGAUCCUGAGCCCGAGGAUUCCCACCACACCGGCACCAAGUCUCUCGAUGCCAAACCCAACCAGCCAACCUCUUCCGACUCUGGCCAUGGCUCGGGUUACAUACCUACUAUCGACGGUCAGCCGGGCUCAAACACUACUGGCCCUGUGCCUGGAUCUACCGAGGCUCCCCAAUUUGUUUCUGGAUCCUCUGACAUGGUUGCCAGAAUCAGGGCAGAAUUGGUUGUGGUCAGCCUUUUGGCCUCCUUUAUGCCGAUCUUGAUGGGACUCAUUUAG